AUGUCUCUAUCCAAACUCCCUCUUUUAGAGCUCCCUACCGUUGCUCUAAAUGAAGUUUUGAAGCUAUUCACUCCAUUUGAAAUAAUUUGUUUCUCCUUCUGCAGUAAAAGAACAAAAUCAAUAUGUCAGUCGAUUCGUACAGUGUCUCAAUGCAAGAAGGAUCUCCUUAUAUUCAAUGCAGAUUUCAAAUUAUUGAUUGAUAAAUGGAGAGAUGGAUGGACUCCGAAUUGGAAGACUAUGAGCAUUGAAUUCAAUGAAGAUAUCGAUGUUGAUACAUGUGUCGAGGGAGAAUUUAUUGACAUGGAACCAGAAGAUUAUAAGAGUAAAAAAGUAGUUUGUGGAAAUUUCCCAAUUCAAUUCAAAGGAUAUUUCGAAGGCAAUUGUGAAACAACCUUUAUACAUGGAUAUCAUAUUUUACGAUCAGAUGGAAUGAUUGUAACGAUUGGAAUAUCAGAAGAUAAAUAUGUUGGAUGGUUUCAUAUCAGAUAA